AUGGACGCACGCGCCGACACCCCGCUCACCCCAUCCUAUAGCCGCGACCCCUCCACCGCCGCCGCCGCCGCAAACCCUAGCCCUGGUGGCGUUGGCCUCGCCUCCGUCGGAGCUCCUCCGACCAUGGGUGGCGGUGGCCUCGGCGCCAUGGGUGGCAUGGGUGACUUCGGAGCUACCGUGGGCGGUGCAAUGGGAGGCAUUGCUGGCUUUGGAGCACCCCCCGACGCUAUGGCCACCAUGGGAGGCAUGAGUUUUGCUUCUCUCAUGGGAGGCAUGGGUGCACCUCCGGCCGCCAUGGGCGGAAUGUCUUUCGAUGUGCCUCCUCGCACACUUUCCCAUGAAGAUGCCGUUGAAGAUCUUGCCAACACCGUCGGAGCUUCACGUGAUGCGGUGCGCGAUGAGGAGAGGGAGGAAGAUUCAUCUUCGGAGGCGGAAGAAUCGUCUUCCGAAGAUGAGGACGAGGACGAAGACGAGGACGAGGAAUGA